CUGCUCGGGUGCACUUUGUGUAUGUGUAGCUAAGAAGUAGCACAGACAAUAGCUAGACACUUGUGCGAGACGCCAUCGCCGCGACAACCGGUACCGACGACGUAUUAUUGCACACAAUCCAGCAUCAGCUCUGCAGGCUGUGCGGCAGCCUCGGGACGCGAGGCGGCAAAAUGCUGCUAUACACAUCGACACUGCUCGCGCUCGGCGCACGCAUCCCAGUGCUGCUCUACAAAGACCGCUACGUCGCCGUGAACAAGCCGCCCGGCAUCUCGACGCACCGCUCGUUCGACACUGGUAGACGAAGGGUAUUAACGACGCAGCUGCAGCGCCAGUUCCGCAGGAAGGUCUACACGGUCCACCGCCUCGACCACCGGACGAGCGGCUGCAUUUUGUUCGGCUUCGACGGCGAGGCAGCGGGCGAGUGCCACGGCCGGCUGCGCGACGGCGUCAAGGAGUACGUGGCUCUGCUGCGCGGCUUCGACGAGCGCGACGCCGUGGGGAGCGAAGUGGUGGUCGAGAAGCCCAUCAAGGGCGAUGACGGCGAGCCUCGACCCGCGAAGACGACGUUUCGCAAAUUGGCGGGCCAGGAAGAGCCGCGGUGUACGCUGGUUAUUGCGACGCCGCACACGGGCCGCCCGCACCAAAUAAGACGCCACGCGCAAGCGCUCUCGAUGCCGAUCAUCGGGGACAGCGCUCAUGGGGAUUCAAAAGUGAACCGGUGGUGGCGACAGGAGCGCGGCCUCGACCGCCUGGCGCUGCACUGCCUGUCGAUCGCGCUGCCCGACCCGGCCGAGACGAUCGUCGCGCCGCUCGAGGGGUCGCUUGCCGAGGUCCUGCGCGCGGAGACGCUCUGGGCGGAGGCGCUCGAACGCGAGCCUCGCUUGGAUCUGGCGCCGGUGGACGACCGGUCGGGGUCGCGGGGUUGA